AGGUGUCGUACCAAGAACCCUAACGGCGGCGGCGACGACGACCCGCCACUUCGUCGCCUGAGACCGAGGGAAGGGAGGCGGAUGGGUCGCGGCAUCUGACCUCCGGUUGGAGGAGUUGGAAGCGGUGUUGAUCCUGCUGCGACCAUCGACAGUGGUGGUAGCGGCGGAAUGGCGUAUAGGGCGGAUGACGAAUACGACUACCUCUUCAAGGUGGUGCUAAUCGGGGACUCCGGGGUCGGGAAAUCGAACCUGCUCUCGCGGUUCACGCGGGACGAGUUUAGCCUCGAGUCUAAGUCUACCAUUGGCGUCGAGUUCGCCACCCGAAGCAUUCGCGUCGAGGACAAGGUCAUCAAGGCUCAGAUCUGGGACACCGCCGGUCAGGAGAGAUACAGAGCAAUCACAAGUGCAUAUUAUCGAGGGGCAGUUGGUGCACUGGUCGUCUAUGAUAUCACUCGUCAUGUGACAUUCGAGAACAUAGAGAGAUGGUUGAAAGAACUUAGGGAUCACACUGAUACCAACAUUGCGAUCAUGCUAGUGGGUAACAAGGCAGAUUUGCGUCAUCUUAGGGCUGUUAGUAUUGAGGACGCAAAAGACUUUUCUGAGAGGGAGAACACCUUCUUUAUGGAGACAUCUGCUCUGGAAUCAACAAACGUGGAGGAUGCCUUUACCGAAGUGCUCACCCAGAUCUAUCGCGUGGUAAGCAGGAAGGCACUUGAAGCAGGCGAUGAUGAUUCAGCAGCUUUGCCAAAGGGGCAGACGGUCAAUGUUGGCAGCAAGGAUGAUGUAUCUGCUGUUAAGAACAAUGGUUGCUGCUCAUCUUAGGUUUCAGACUUGUGGAAACAGGAAAGCCAUCGUGUGCUUAGUAACUUGUUUCUAUGUUCUGCGGAACACAAAGAAGGUGGUUCUCAUUGGACAUUUGUCUCUAGUUAAGGUUUUGGAUUGUGUUCAAAGUUGGGCUAAGGAUUAGGAUUGUAGAUUUGCACUGUCAUUUAACAUCACCGGAAACAUCAUUUUGUUCAGGGCAUUGUAUUGCUAUUAGGUUUGUUCAACUCAAGGCUCUUUUCAUUUACUAAUUGUCUUCAUUCAA